GCCUCACCUCGAGGACCACCUUGCGCAUGCGCCCCAGGUCCUGGAGGUAAGCGGCCGUGUGGGGGUGGUCGCGAUGAAGAUGCAAGGCCGCAGUGGCUGCGUGACAGGCCUGCGCUACUAGUGCGCCCGCUGGCCAGGAGAAUGGAGCUUGCGAUAGAUCCUUUCGUAACACCAAGUAUUGGACUAGGAUCUGCGGCUCUGCGCCGGAGGCCGCCAUCUUCCGGGCCCACAGAAAGGCCGGACCUACUCCCCGCAAGGAUAUCUGGGUCCCUCUUACCGCUUGCCUGCACAACUUCAUAGGAGGGCCUGUGGAAAUCUAAGGAGAUGGAGUGGGCGAAUGACGGCAAGUCCAAAGGAGGUGUUUUAGCUCACUUGGAAAGAUUAGAGAUUCAAGUGAACAGAUCUCAUAAAAACUUAGAAGAUCCACAGAGAGCACAGGCAGUCGAACAUGCUCUCAGGACCAAGAUUCAUAAACUGAGAUGUCUACGAGAUGAGCUGAGAAGUAAAGUGAAGCGACGUCAAGCCAGAGUUAGAGCAUCUAUUGCUAAUGAAGAGCCUGAUCAAACACAGGAAAUCAGUGAGCAAGAAGUUGCGGAAAGAAGACAGGAAAAUGUGAAAGCUAUUCUGCAGGCAUAUCGUUUUACAGGGCUUAGUGGGAAACUGACCAGCCGAGGGGUCUGUGUCUGCAUCAGCACUGCUUUUGAGGGAAAUCUGCUGGAUUCCUAUUUUAUCGACCUUGUCCUACAGAAGCCACUUUGGAUACAUCACCAUUCAAUUCCAAUCUUCAUUCCCUUGGAGGAGAUAUCUGCAAAAUACCUGCAGACUAAUAUUCAGCGCUUCCUGUUCUGUCUUUGUGAAUACCUAAAUGCUUAUGCUGGAAGGAAGUACCAGGCAGAUCGACUUCAGAGUGACUUUGCAGCCUAUCUCGCUCGGCCCUUGCAGAGAAACCCACUGUGCAACUUGCUGUCAUUUACUUACAAAGUGGAGCUGCGGGGUCAGUUCCUGUUUUGUGCUAGACUGCUGUAUAAGGACCUCACAACCACCCUCCCAACGGACGUCACCAUUACCUACCCAGAAAUGGAUGCAUUACCCCCCUCAUGGGAAGAACAACGAGCAUCUCAUGAAAAUCUGUUUUUUACGAAGCCCUUACAUCAAGUUUUUACUUCAUUUGCAAGAAAAGGAGAGAAGUUGGAUGUGACCCAGGUCUAGGAUACUAUUUUCAUUGGGAACACGUCAAAAGUAAAAGGAUAUAUUGCACUUUCUGCUCUCAUGACUAAGGUGGCAGGGGUUCCAGAAGAACCUUUCAAGAUUAUCAGGAACAUCAGCAUGAGGGCCAGGUCACCUAACCUGGACCAUAUGGAGACAAGCAGGUCUCCAGCUUGAAAAGGCUGCUUCCAGGUGAGCGCUGGGGAGCAGAACACUUGCCUACUCAGCCGCCAAGUCCUCUUCUGAAGUACAGCUUUCCCACCUCUGCUCCCAGCCUGGAAGCAAAGGCUGCUUUGUUCCACCCCGGACACAUUUCCUACUCACAGUGGCCAUGGCCUCUCUGGGGGAAGGAGGGCUGGUCAGACCCAGGGCUCCGGAAGGAUUGUUCCAGUACUACGCCUAAGACCCCUACUCUCUGAGGAAGCUGCAGGCACACUGAGGAAUAGUAUGGCCAUCCUCAGAGCUCACGUAUCCAUGAACAAAUGAAGGCUUGAGGAGAUUUUUAAACCUAAAGUCUAUGUGAGAGUGCACUUCAACAAUUUGGGAAUGUUGGGACUUGGUCAUUUGUCCUUUCCCAAGGCCUUUCUUUGACUCCAAAAAAUAGAUUCUCCCUUCCCAUUUGGACUGUUGUGGGGCUAGAGGCCAUUCAGGAGUUGUCCACCACCUGGUGGGGCAGGGUGACGGAGGAGCCAUUAGGGAAGGCAGCUGGCUUGUCACGCCCCUUCAAGAAAAAGGUGAGCAGCUCCCCCUUCCCUUUCACAAAGAUGGGCCCUCGCCUCACAAAGCGGAAGCCGUACUCUCGAAGGAUGGCUUGUGUUUCUUCCACCACCUGUAGAAGGAGAACAUAGUGUGGUCUCAGACCAGGACUGCCCAGAGGUAUCUGCAUGUAGCCCACAGGUCCCAGUGAGCCCAUCUGUCAUGCUCUUCUCCAGACCUCUUGGGCCAAGCCCCUUAUUCUAUAUACCAGUAGGCACAGGGUGGUUUGCCUAAGGUCUUUUCCUCUCCCAAAGACUGUGAUGCUGCCACAGAGAACCCAUGGCCAUCUUCUGGGGACAGUAAGCACUCCCUGUUCUUUGUCUCCUGUCCCUACUCUGAGGCACUUUCUAGCCCAACCCAGGUGACUCCAUUCAGGGUGACUUCAGGGGGGAACUGCUGGAGGCACAAGAGGUUAGAAAGUUCUUACCAAGAGGCAGGAUAGUCUAAAGAAGAACUUAAAUUUUAGAAAGCGGGGCGAAGUAUUUCCUCCCUUCUACUGAGACAUCUCUUCCCACCUUUGCCUGUAAUCUCCCAGAAUUACCAGCUUGCUACUCUGGGCUGACACAGAGGCAGUGGUGCAUGGCAAAAUACACCCUGUCCCGAUUUUUUUCCCAUCCCCUGGGUCUGAGCACAUGCUCAUCUCUGUUGCUGGACCUACCUGAAUGUUGCCCAUGACCCCUGUGGACUCCAUCCUGCUGGCCACAUUGACAGUAUUGCCCCAGAUGUCAUAGUGUGGUUUCCGGGCUCCAAUGACCCCAGCCAGUACCCCUCCUUUGUUCAUGCCUGGCGGAGAAGCAAAACAUUGAGUACAGCCACGAGCUGUAUUGUCAUUAUCCCAUCUCAGAAGCCACCAGCUCUAAUGGAGAAUUCACCACCUGACCCCAACCACUGAGCAAGCUCCUGAGUCUGUUAACCUAUUCCUCAUGAAGCUUGUCUCUAAGCCACCAGAGGGCAAAUAUGUCUCCUCUUUAUCCUGUCCUGGCCAAUGUGGUAACUAAUUUAUGCAGUAUGGAAGUUCCGGUGUCUUGUGACCUCCCCCAGGAUGAGAAUCCCUGCGCCUCUUCCUACUCGGGGCAGCAGGGGACAUUAACUCCCAACAGGCUGGACCAAGGUAGCAAAGCUCUCUGCAGGCAUGGGGGAUUGCUCGGGGAGGUAGACAGCCUGACUUCCAGCCAUACUCAGAAAGCAGGCUAAUCACUGUAAGCGGUGUGGGACACAGCUGACCAUCAUUUUGUCAGAUUGCAGUCGUCAUCUGGGAGAGAUCCCUAAGGUCCCAUCCUGAGCUGCAUGUGUGACCCUCCCCAACCUAAAAGCCUCAGGGCUAAGUCUCACCCUACCUGUCAAUUUGCUGAGUCCCCUGCUUCAGAGGGAGCCUUUCAGGGGCACACAAGCUGAAAAAUGCUUACCUAUGCGCAGCAUAAAGUUGUUGAAGGAUUGGUUGUUGAUGUUCGUGAGUGUAUCCUUCAUGGCUAGAGCAAAGUCAGCCAGAUCAGCCAGGUGCUGCCAGCGCUCUUUGUCUGACUUCUCCUCCUGUGCCAGGGAGCAGCAGGGAGUCAGGAGCCAGUAUCAACACCUUCCUCCUCCUCCAGCAUCUGGAGAAUUCUGCAUCUCCUUGUUAAAGGCCUUAUUUUCCACUUCCCACAGAGACGUCGGUGACUGCUGCCUCUGCUUGCCACUGACUGUUCACCUGGAUCCCUUAGGGUCCCCAGGUGGGGAAGACCAAUCCUCCCCAGCCAAAUGGCUUCCUGUCUGCCAUGUAUCUGAUCAGGAGUCCUACCUACCACAUCAUUAACCUUGCCUGACCUGGUCUCUUAGGUUUGGGAUAGUUCUCAUUUUGAUUCCUUAACUAGAUUAUAAACACUUGAAGGCCACAACCCUUUUUAAACACAUUUUUUUAGCCUUGCCAAUAAAAUGGGAGGUGGUAAUAGUACUUACCUCCUAUAGAAUGGUUUUAAGAUAAAACAAGAUGAUAAUAGCUUAAGAAACAGCUCUUGGGACCAGGGUCCCCACAGCUCAUUUCCUUUCCUAGUAGCUAAACAACUAGCUGCACAGGUCUGAUUUAACAAAAGAACAGGCUGAUGCCAGCCAGUGUGCUCUGAAGACCCCUUUUGUAACAAAACUCCCAACCUGGAUGUUUUCAUUGUUACAUAAUCUUAUGGACAGUUUCUACUUCCUCCCUAGUUCUUUCAAAAGUCUAGAGCAUGAAGGGAGCAUGGCCACUGUUGGAGCAGCUUCUGCUCUAAGCUGUGCAACAAUGGAGGGGUCAUGUAUCUGAUUAUUUCUCUGCUCAUUAAACUUUGCCAGUAAACCCGAUUUUAAAUUUG